CAGAUGCCCUAUAAAAAAACCAGAGUCGACCUAAGUUUAGCUUGGCGACGAAGGAACGAGGCAGACUCACUCAGUCCAACCAAGUCGUCCCUCAGUCGUCGUCUCACAGCUUGACGAACCUUUCUUUGACAGUCUACCCACAGAGAGAUUUCGAUCACGGUCUUGUUUCCCUUUGAAUUGUCUUACCAUGUAUUCCCCAGCAGCUUCCAAGUCCGAAUCAAAUCCCACGGAUGAGGAGGGCAUUUCGUCUCUGAACAAGGUGAUCCAUGGAGCCCCUCUCCCAGACAAUGUGUUAGAUGAUAUCAAUCCUUUCAGUCACAUGCCAGAAAAUCUACCUGGCUGCAUUUGGUUUCUCAUUCACUCUAACGUGAAUAAGGAUAACAAAGAUGGGCUCUGGAAGACCAAAGGCGAGCCCUGUAAGAUAUUCUCUCAUUCUGGGAUCUCUGGUUGGAGAAGUACUUUUGAAUUCUAUAAAGGCCAAGCCCCUCAUCAGUGUAAAACUGAUUGGGUGAUGCAAGAAUAUAGGAUAUCGCAGAGAGGACUGUGUGAAGGCAGCAACACUAAGGAAGCAAGCUCACUAUGUAGAGUCUUCCUUGACCAUGAAGGAAGCAAAACCCAUCAAAUGCUGCAGAAACUGGCUAGCACUGACACUGCAAGGGCAAACAACAUUCGCCCUAGUCAGUCAAAUGUUCCAGAUGCUGAUAUUGGACAAAGUUCCAUAAGUAGGCCUCAGGUAAGUGAGGAUGACAGCUCAGGUGUAUUGGCUUUUUUGACAAAGAGAGUUCCAGAUUCUUGCCUAGAAAAUUCGCUUGAAAUAGAUUACUUUUCCGGAGGUGAUUACUUGGAAUUAUUGGAUCUUGAUAACCCAAUACCACCUUAUCUUGAUAAUCCAGCAUUGUCUUCUUCAAGCUCAGAAAAUUCCAGUUGCUUGAGCAUAUCAUCAGGUGAAUGUUUUGAUUCAUUGGCUUUGUUGCAAGACCUAGAGCCUGAAAAUAGCCAGAAGGAUGCUGGUUGCAAGUUCAGUGUGUCGGCAUCUCACAGACCAAACGAGGUGGUCGUGCUUCCAGCCACUUCAGCUCCUAUAAGCAGUAGAACAGACGUAUUGCCACCUGAAGAAAUCCCCAAAACAAUCAACUCAAAAGAUGCCCCAAAGCCUGCCAGCAGAAAUCAGAAUCCAAACCUCAGGAAUGAAGGUCCAUCAUCAAAUAAUCAGAGUGUGACCCCAGCAGCCCCAGCUGGUAAAAUCAUGGCUGCCGGAGGCAGAAAGAAAUACUUGAUGAAGUUUCUGUGCUUUAUGUCAUUUUAGAUUCUCCUUGCAUUUAAUAGGUGGUAUGGAAUUUGCAUAUGUAGGUCAAUUGUAUCUGUGCCCAAAAAAAGAAAAAGAAAAAAAGAAAAGAGAAAAAAAAGUCAUUUCAUAUGUAAUUAAAUUAAUUGGUUUGUUUUCUGGUUUAGCUGGUAAGUGGAAGAUGUACAUCUAGGUGGCAUUUGAUAUCAGAGGCAGGAAGAGUAGGAGACUAAUUUAAGGAAAACAAAAUGUAGGGAGACUGAUAUCAGAGGCAGGAAGAAUAGGUGUUUUUUCAGCCGUUUUUUCUGUCUGUUGAGCUGCCUGUAUUUCUUCUUUUAGUUGUACUUAGAAUUAUAUUUAUUACAUACAUGCAAAUUCAGCCUUUCACUUU